AUGAGCAAACCUCCCGUCAACCCACAAGCCAUCCAGGCGCGUCUCACACAACUCCUCAAACUCUGGCCCUCUGACCCCGUCCGCCCGGCCUCUGUCUCCGUCCAGAGCUACCUCCAAUCCCGCCUCUCCCAGACCACAUCCCCGACCGCGCAGACACCAGCAGCCCCCAAGGGCGAGAUUUCACAGGCGUCGCUUAACGCGCUCUCGUCGCUUCUGGAAGAUCGCUACGCCAGACGAUACCCGUUACCACCCAAGCUGCGGCGACCGGCGAGUAACCCGGACCACUACGAUAAUGUUGUGAGGGAGUUUGAGGAAGCACCGGGACGUGAUUUCUGGGGGAGGGUAGGGAAGAGGCUCAAGGGGUUGUUUAGAUUCUCAUGA